CAAGAAGGUUCUCUGUGUGCCCAGCAUUGUUUGAAUAAUUUACUGCAAGGGGAGUAUUUCAGUCCUGUGGAACUGUCUUCUAUUGCACAGCAGUUAGAUGAAGAAGAGAGAAUAAGAAUGGCGGAGGGUGGAGUUUCUAGCGAAGAAUAUAGAACAUUUUUACAGGUUAUAAGCAAUGCCUUGAAAGUUUGGGGUUUAGAACUAAUCCUCUUCAACAGCCCAGAGUAUCAGAGGCUCAGGAUCGAACCUAUGAGAACAUCGAAGUGGCUUCUCAGAUUGUUGCACACAGAACAUUCCACACUCAUCUGCAACAGGCCAAACUGAAUCUCUCCCAUCAGAAGAAUUGCGGCGUCGAAGACAGGCCUAUUUUGAAAAACAGCAGCAGCUGCAAAAGCAAGUUCAGAUUCAACAGUUCCAUGGUGAAGCAGCUACUAAUUCACACACACUAGUUAAUGAUAGAGGAGGUGAUAUCAGUGAAAAUGAUAUGCUUCAAGCCGCUAUGAAUAUGUCCUUGGAAACAGUUACAAACAGCUUGAAUACAGAGGAAAAGAAAUGACAAAUACUUAUAUUUAUUCUAAUCUGAACACUACAUUCUGUAUUAAUUCUGUGUGGGUGGCAUAAAGGUAGGGUUCAUUUCAUUGAUGUACCAAAGCAAGAUACAGUUGUGAGAUUUCAGACUGAGGAUCAGAAUUAAAAAAAAAAUUGGUUACUAUACAAUAAAAUCUCAUUAGUUUAUGGUUAUACUAUUGACCUUCUGGGUAAUUUCUAUUCAGUCAGAAGAACAGUGAGAAAAGGGGUAUUAAUAUACAAUAAAAUUUCAUUCAAUAUUUUUCUGAUCCAUAGAUGUCCAGGUUGAGUUUAUGGUAUCUGCAGAUCUUUGUAUGGGGAGCAGUUCUUCUCAGUUGUGAUAACUUUUUCUUGCAGGAUGUAUUCUUAACAGGAAGAUCGAGCAUCACCUGAUUAUAGAAUAAGGCUUGGAAUUUUGCUAAAUAAGAUUAUGUGAAAUGUAAAAAAUUGUAGUUUCACAUAUAUGCUCAAAGGCGUUCUAAGUAUCAUGUUUACAGUGCACUUCCAAGAUUCCAGAUUAAGAGACUGAAUAUAACACAAAUCACCUUCACUUUUGUGAGAUAUUUGAAUUACAUGCAUCAGCUUAAUUCCAGAAUUUAAUCAGUUAACAACAUUUGACUAAGAAUAGCAAGAUAUUUGCAGACCAUCAAACUUAUUUUGGAAGACUGUGCUAGAGUAUUACAAUCAUCAUAAAAUGGAACAUCCUGCUUUUAUUCUCCUGCUCCUCCAGAUCUGCCUCCACGCAUUCCAAUCUUCCAAAGCUGAUUUGAUGGGCACACAGGAGGAACCCGCUCCAAUAGCAGACUCAAGACUUCUUCCUUGUUUUGCUCUAAAAAUGCCUUUAGUAUUUUUUUACUAAAUGUUGGGCCAAUACUGGCUAUGAUGCACUGAUCUAGUAUAUAUAUUAAGCGAACACCUAGAAUCCGAUUAACUGAAGUCAAAAGUGUUGGAUAUAGUUGAUAAAUGUUAUUAUAAUUAUUUCACUUGGUAUUAAUAUGUUAUCUUCUGUUAGAUAUUUCUGUAAGUAUUAAUACUAUCAAGCUGGACAUAAGUUACUUUGUACUGAAUCAGCUUAUUGGUCCACUUAGGUUAGAGUUACCUACUCUGGCAGUGAUUCUCCAGUCUCAAGCAAGAAUCUGCUACCUGAAUUGCUUUUAAAGGAGGACACUUAGAAUUAAACCAGGACUUCCUACAUUGAGCUAAUAGCCUUUCCAAGAUUCCAUAUUAAUUUUGAAGUGAGGAAGUUAAAAAAGAUUUUGAUGCCAUGAUUUCAGUGCCACAUUAUUAAUAUGCAUUAGUAACAUCUGAAAUGAACCCUGCACAGUUACUUAGGUGUUAAAAAUGGAUAUACAUAAAUGAAUGUGUAUGAGUAUGUACUUUAUCAGAUAUUAAUGAAUGUCUUCUUGUAACAGAUUUGCAGCUUUUCAUGAAUGGUCUUCAUUCAUGCACCUUACUGUUUAUUCUGUUUCUGUUACCAAGGGAAACUGGGAAGCAAAUUCUGUAAGCUAGUUUUAUUCUGAUAGUCAAAUGUUACAUAACAAAUAUUGCAGGAUGACUGAAUUUGGCAUUUUGUAUUAAAAUAGUUUUUUUUGUAAAAAAAAAAUGCUUUAAAAUGCAUUCUGUUUACAUAUACAUAUUAAGGCUAUAGUUUUGGAUACAAAUGAAAUACUCAUUAAACCUAUGGAUACUUGCCAGAUAUACAAAAAAUCUUGUGAAAUUGAUUAGGUUUUGCAAAUUAUUUUAAAAUUAUUAUAUUGCACCAUGUUGAUGUGUCAUUCUUUGCUACUGAAUGAUUAGUAAAUGUGCACAUUAUGGUACUAUAAAAUAACACAAUAUUAAAAUUGAUUUUGAUAAUAUCUGUUUAUAAAAAUUAUUUAAGGAGAGAGUUAAAUAUGAAAGCCAAAUGCCUCUUAUUUUCAUGUUUCAUAUGCUGUUGAUUUCUGUGAAACUAUUACAGAAGUACAAGCACUGCGAUUUGUUCCAGGGAUAAAUACUAUAAGAGUGUAUCUAGCUUUGCCAGUCAGUAAACAGAAGGUAGCUAUUUUAGAUCUGCCUAAUUUAUUUAUUAACAAAAAAUUACCAUAUUUACUGCACAUUGUUUUGGGAAAAAAAACAGCAUUAAUUACAUAAAGCCACAUGCAUUCAUUUUAAUUGUGUUUAAGUUACUACUUGAAAAGAAAUAUAUGAAAAGAUGUAUAGAAGUUAUGAAAUGAAAUCAUACUAGUCUGUAAAAACCAUAGUUUUAUUUUUUCUUAUUUUUUCAAUAAAUUGUGUCCUUGUGGACAAGUUGAAUCUGGA